GAAAGCUCCGCGGCUCUCGCCGCGCCCCCGCCUGCCCCGCCCAGCGCCGCACCACGUGGGCCAGGCGCCCCACGCCUGGAGCUCCCCUCUCUGGAGCCCCGGGAAGGGAAGCGGGGCAGGGAGGCCGGGUGGGAGCAGGGGGGGUCUCCUGCGCUUCCUCUCCUCUGCGGGCGCCGCGCGGCUCCUGUGAGUCCGCCCCCCGUCCUGACGCUCAGCUAGGAAGCGGGUCCUCGGGCCCCUCCCCCGACACAGACACACACACACACACACACACACACACACACUCUCUCUCUCUCUCUCUCUCUCUCUCACACACACACACACACACACACAGAGCCCGUCUCGCGCCCGAGGUCUCGCCCGCAGGCCGGUGGCGCGGGGUCAGCUGCUGCCUGCGGUCCGGGACAGGGUCGGUUCCGCCGCGCAGCGCCCAGGCUCAGCUCGUCCAGAGUCUGCGGACAGCGCACGUCCAGGUAACGCGCGCCAAGGGGCCGCGGCUCGGAGCUGGGGGACCCCGGGCCGCUCUCCCCAUACGAGUGCGAGCGUGGAGAGCGCGGGCGGGGGCGCGGUCCCGGGGGCCGGGCAGCUGGAGGGGGCGGGAGCGCUGGGCGGGGCCUGCGCUGACCCCGGCGCUGAGUCCCUGGGGCCGCCGGGCGGAUGGCGUGGCCGGACGCGGGGGCCCCGGGCCUUCCGGGCGUGACCCAGGGCUCGGGGGCGGGGAGGCCCCUCCGGCGGGGCGGCCCUGGGUGGUCCGGCAGAGGCGGAGGCCGCUCCGAGCCUGUGAGCCCUGGGCGCCUGCGGAGGCGGGGAGAGGGCGGGGUGUGCCGCCCUGGUGGGGACCGCGGGGUCGGAGAGGGGACAUUGCCCCCCCGAGGCGAACGCCCAACCGCGGGUCCGGGUCCCCGCCCAAGGCCGCCCCCGCGAGGUGGCCUCGGCCCGGUCGUCCCCGAGGGUGGCUCGGAUCCUUUCAACCAGCGCGCUGGAGGCGAAGGGGCUGCGCCAUUCCGGGUCAGGCAGCCAACGCGGGACACGCGCGUCUCCGAGCUUGCGGCCCGCGAAACCCGGGUGACCUACCGCGCCGGUGCCCCCAAAGCCCCCACGCCCGGGCCGGUGGCCUCUGCAGCCCCUGAGCCACGCGGUCUCCCCGGCCCGGUCGGCAGAAGGAGCUGGUCCGUUACUAGAAAAGUCCAGAUGCAAAGUCGGGGGUCGUGCUGCCGCUUCCUGCCAGCGCACCGCACCCACCCGGGGCCGCCACCGACCGCACAGGACGCGCCUCCUACCCCCUGUUCUGGUCCGGCCGAGAGCUGGUGCCUCCAGCGGCCGCCCCCCCCCCCCGUCCGCAGACCCCGGGGCCCCUGCUGCUUUGCAUUGGGAACAACCGGAGCCAUGCAUGAGGGGGCCAGGGCCUUUGGAGGAAGCAUUGGCCUCCAGGCUGAAGAGCAAGGGCCGUGCCACCUGCCGGGAGGGCGGUCUCAUCUCUGCAGCCAGGUCAGAGGAAGCAGCGGUGGGGAGACGGACUGCGCGCUGGGAGGCUCCACGCAUCGUAGGUGGAGAGCUGGCUGCCAGCCUGGCCUGCCCUCUCUUCCCCGUCCCACCGUCUCGCUUGGCUCUGGCACCUGCCUGGGAAGACCCACACCUCCGUCUGCAGUGCCCCUUCCCCCUGGAGGCCCUGCCCUCCGCUCGGGGUCCUCGCAUCCUUCCGUGGCCCUCAGAGCAUCGCCUGGGGCGCCCGUGGAACUCCUCUGUUAGGCCUGGGAUGCAGGCAGGCAGAAGUGGGGGUUUAAGUGGAAGCAGUGAGGGUGGGGGCCCGGCCCAAACUGUGCCACCUUUCACCCCCUGCCCCUGGGAGAGCAGACAUCGCCCACUCGGGCUCACAGUGCCAUCCGGGUGAGGACCUCCAUGGAGAGCUUCUCUUUGCCAAAGAAAAGCAGUUGCAUUAGGUCUGCGAGCAGGCAGGGUGGCCUCUUCCUGUCUCCCCAUCCACCAAGGAAGCUUCAAGUUCCUGGGACACAGUCCCCAGGAAAAUGACCUCGUUCUCCGCGGGUGUGAGCCACUAGGCCUGAGAGGACGCCGGGACGGAGCUUUCAGAGAGGGAGGUGUCGGGAUGGUUUGAGUGUCACCAGGUAUUAAUUAAGCACUUGCUGUGUGCCAGGCACUUUCCCACACAGGAUGGAGCCGGGCCACCCUCACAGCUCCUGCCCUGCAGACGCUGGCCUUGUGGAGGGAGGUGGGCAGCAGGAGCAAUGCUUUCUGGGCCUCUGUGGCCAGAGCUGGCCCUGCUGCAGCUCACUUCUGCCUGCAGCCCAGACAUCCUCCUGGUCCUCCUGAUGCCCCCGACCUCCACGGAGGACGAGCAUUUCCAGCCUAGCCCUCCCCAUCUUCACCUCGCACUCCCCUGACACACUGGGAGCCUCCUGAUCCGUGAACCCACGCUGGCGGGAGUAGCUACUGACCGCUGGGGACCCCUGCCCAGGCUGUUCGCAUGUGGAAAGGAUUCAGGGAGCAGGCGAUGCGCAAAGCGUGGAGACCAGCACUGCUCUCUCCCCAGCGACAGGUGCACGCCCAGAUCACGGAUGUGUCGGGAACAGCUGUGCUCCUGCUGCUCAGCGUCCGUCACUCCAGGCUGGGAGCGGGUCCCCAAGCUUCCGGCUGGGCCUAUCCGUCUCCACUCUCAGUGUGGGGGUGGGGGGCGCCAACAGCACGCAUUUGCUCUCCGCACUUCUCGUCUGCUAAUGGGCAGAGGGUCCUUCUGCAGCCCCAAAACAUCCCUAGGCAGGAGCCCUGGGGCCCCAAGCAGCCAGGGAGGUGAGCACCAAGGACCUCCCAGAGAGCGUCACCUUCCGCCGAGGGAGGCCCAGCCUGGGGGUGGUGUCUGAGACUUGGAAUCAGCGCUUCCAUUGGUGGCAGUAAAUCCUGUCCCUAACCCUGCAGUAUAGCUGUGCCGUGUACAGGAGGGUACUGUCUGACGCCAGACACCUGGACUACAGAUCGCAGCCCGAUUCCUGGUCAUUGCUCCACUGAACCCCAGACCCUAGCCUCAUUCUGGGCCCUCAUCCUCUAGAUCCAGGGACCCCAGCCCCAUUUCAGCCCUUGGGCCCUUGUAGGAUGCAAGGGCCUGGGCCCCAGCCCCCAGCCCAUCCGUGGCCCAGGCAGUGGGGGGCUGAGGUCCUCUGAGAAGGGACACAGGGCCUGGGGGGCUCUCUCAGCCCAUCAGCAGGAGAGGACUGACUCCAGAAAAAUCAGCGUUUGUACCCACUCAGGCUGCCAAGACCUGUGUCCGUCCUUCCAAGCUCAACCUUCAGAGUUCAUGAGGCCCCUUGCCCUGAACGUCCACAGAGUUCACGAGGCUCCUUGCCCGGAAUGUCCACGUUUGAAACCUCCCAACGCCGAGCCCCAUUUCAAGUAUAACCAGGAGGGAAAAUGGUGCUUGAAAUAAGCAUGCCGCAAAGGAAAACCUGCUUUCUCGAAAUGGGCCCUGGCCACCCAGGCCCUGACCUCCCCAGCCAGGAUGGAACGUUCCAGAGACCCAUUAGUGCCAAAGGCAAAUGAAAACACACCCUGUGAAAAUGUC